GAGGCCUCAUAGAGAAAACCAUCCAGCCCAUGGGCUGCCAGGGAUCCUGACAGCUAGGCCCAUUCCCACCGGUGUCAGCUGUCAGUCCUAAUAAAGACAGAAAAGUAUGAACAAAGAAGACUGAAGCUUUUCUGCAAGGACCGGGGAGACGAUUUUGGUCAGUAUUAUGCCUGCCCAGGACAAGGCUGAAGAAAUAUGGACACAGACACUACGCUCGUCGUCAGCGCGCUCAGCACCAGCUUCCUCACCUUCCAGUUUCUUUUCCACUUUGUAAGUUACUGGUUUUCUGCAAAAGUUUCUUCAGGUUUCAGCAGCCUCAGCUUGGAAAAGAAGAUCGAGUGGAACUCAAGGGUAGUAUCUACAUGCCAUUCUUUGGUGGUUGGGAUUUUGGGCCUAUAUGUUUUCUUCUUUGAUGAGGCUACUAGAGCUGACCCACUUUGGGGCGACUCGUCACUUGUGAAACUGAAUAUUGCUAUUGCUUCAGGCUACCUCAUUUCUGAUUUGUUGAUUAUCAUUUGCUAUUGGAAAGUGAUUGGUGACAAAUUUUUCAUAAUUCAUCAUUGUACGGCGCUGUAUGCAUACUGCUUUGUAUUGAAAUGUCAAGUGCUGGAGUACGUGGCAAAUUUCCGACUGCUUGCCGAGCUUUCCAGCCCUUUUGUGAAUCAGCGGUGGUUCUUUGAAGCUCUGAAGUACCCUAAGUUUUCCAAAGCGAAUGUCGUCAAUGGAAUUCUCAUGACAGUGGUGUUCUUCAUCGUGCGGAUUGCUGUAAUACCUCCUUACUACAGCUUCUUGUAUUCCGUCUAUGGAACAGAGCCCUUCAUCAGGCUGGGAUUUGUAAUCCAGUAUUCCUGGGUCUCUACUUGCAUUGUUUUGGAUGUGAUGAAUGUCAUGUGGAUGAUAAAAAUCUAUAAAGGGUGCAUAAAAGUCAUCUCUCUCCUCAGACAAGAGAAAGCCAAUAAUAGUCUUCAGAAUGGAAAACUUGAUUAAAGGUGAGGUUUGUCAGACACCUUUGUUUAGAUAAGCAAUCUUCAUUACUACCCAGCAUUAUAUCUACUAAUAGGAUGAAAUGGCAUGUUCUUGUGCUUCCAUAUGAAUUAUAGUUGUUAUUCAGGGUUUCAGUGUCAUAUUUUCUUCUUUUUAGAAGAAACUAAAAUUUAGUCCUCAUCCCAAGAUUUUCUCUUUUCUUCUGCAUUAUAAGCAUGGAUAAAAUCUUAAAAUUUUAAAUGAAAAUUAUAGAUACUAGUGGUGAAUCUUUUCAGAAAUCUCAUAGCCUGCUUUAGUAUUUUUCUCUGUGGAAAGAUGACUGUGAUAAUUUGGUGCACUUGGUGUGCUACCAUUUUUGGUGAAAAGAUAAUGACUACUUUUAAACCUGUAAAUAACUCUCAACAUUUUUUUGCAUUGUACUCUUUUCUUAUGUCAACACCUAUGUAGGGUUUUAUUUCCAAAUUAUUGACAUGAUCUUCCCCCCAGACUAUUAAAAAUGACAUUUUCUAUUUUAGAUAUGCAAUCAUCUAUUAGUGAUGAAGUAUUUUACUCACUUUGAGGAUUUUUCAUUAGUUUGGUCAUUUAAUAUACUUACUGCAUUUUAAGAUUUUUUAAAUGUCACUUAUUUCUAUUUUGAUAUUUUAUCAACUUAUUUUUUUUUAUUUUAUAGUAAGGCUUAAGGCAGAUGCUAUGGACCUCCUUUAAGGAUGAGACUCUUCUAAGAGUGCACAUUGAUAAGUGACUAGGUGAGUGAUGGUGAGCCUUUUAGAGCUUUCAGUGAUACAGACCACGCGGUGGCAUGCGUGCUGCAGGUUCACCCCCGGGGCCUAGGCUAGUACUGUAGAAGAAAUAAUUAAGAAACACUGUUUUAACACUGUUGUCUGCUUCCUUUUCAUUUUUCUAAGAAAAAUGUAUUAUUUCUAUUUGCAAAACCUCCCCUGGGUUCAGAACCUGACAUCAUCAGUACAGUCUUACGCAGUACAUUUUUGUCAUGCUCCUAAACUAGGCCUCUUCUUGAUGAGACCGAAAUGACAAAAUAUUCAGUAUUCAUGUUUUCCCAGUUUACACUCACACUUGCUUAUUUAACACUUUGAGUGCUUUGCACUGUGUUUCUUGAAAGAGCAGGAAGGAAUAAGGUAUUUUAAUCCAAGUAUUCUGGUUAUAAAAAUUAUUGUCUUACAUGAAAAUAAAUGAGUGUGUGUAUGUGUUUGCUCUGGUUUUUGCAGUCCUAAUAUAGAAAUAUUUAUCUCUUGUUGCCUUUAUUUAUUUUUCUCAAAUAUUUGACUUUAAUGAUUGCUCUUAACCUAAGGAAAAAAAUUUAACUCAACUAGUUAUAAAUACUUAAACUUAACUGAACCCCACUGAAAAGAUUUAAUUCACUAGGUUUCCCAGUUUGAAGGGAAAUGUUUGAUUCAUUUCCAUUGUUUGUGUUAUGAUGAUGAAAGGAGGCUAGCUGAAUGUAAUCAAGACUUUUAAUUCGAUUUGGCUUGAUUGUCCAGUGUGGGUAGAGCCUGGUAAGUUCUAGAACAUUUAAAGAUGGGAAUUGAAGUCUCAGCCAAUAACUAAAUGAUGAAAUGGGUUGAUUGGCCUCUAACAGGUACAUUUAUUUUUGACAAAUAAUGUAAAAUACAAGUAUUUGUUUGUAAAGCAGCUAAUAUUAAUAUUGAUAAUGGAUCAUUAAAUUUAUUGAUGUCCACAUUAUAGUCAUAAGUAUGUACUGGACGUCUAGAGGGUGAGGGCAUAGGAAAGAAGUUGAUUUUAUCUUGUUUAUGCUCUUUUGCAAGAAAAGUGGCUUUUUAAAAAAGGAAAACAUUUAUAUUAUAAAACUAUUUUGGAAAUUCAUUCCUUUUCAAAAAUAAACCUUGAAAUAAACAUUUUUGACUCCUUGGAUAUUUCUACAAUUCUAAACACAGAUUUUAAAUCCAUUAUCCAAUGAUACAACGUAAAGCUUUGUUGGUGAGUUUCCAUGUAGUAGUUUCAAUAGUUGUUUGAUGCUUGAAACUUCAUUUUUACUUUCAUUCACAUUACCUUUCACUGAUGGUAUAGAUGCUCGCUAAUCCUGUAUUUAAAAUAGCACAGUUUUAAACAAAUACUUGUUAUUUCCUUAGUCUUCAAUCCCUAAUUUAUGCUGGAUGCAUACAGUUAAUCCAGCAUUCAAACUUAGUGUAUAAAAGUAGGUUAUAUAUGUUUCUUCAUACAAUAGCAAUGAAAUGGAAAUGUUACUAUAAACAGCCAUGGUUCUUUAAGUCAGAUCUUUACAGGAGCUUUACUUUGCUGUUCUGUGAUUUUAUCCAUCUACCUAAAACACAAAUAAAGGCAGAAUAUAUCAUUUAUUAAACAAUGAAUUUUUCAUUUAUUAAAUGACAGACUUGCUAGAAAUUUUAAACAUUAAGUAUUUUGGAUACAUGGAUUAACAAAUGAUUAUAUUAGGCAUUAUGGUAUUUAACAACACUAAUAAAUUAUUUGUAGAAAAUAAAAGCAAAUUGGCAUACAUUUUUAAGCAAUUCUAUUUUUCUAGAAAAGAUUAGUAAUAACCUGAAUGAGUAGUAUUCUAGAAAAUAAGUUAUUGUGAAACUUACAAAGAAUGAAAAUCAACUAGUAGCAUAGAUCUUGCAUUAAAUAUUUUGUGAGAAUUUAAAAAUUAUGAGCCUGAGUUUACAGUCUGCAUUCUUAUAUCUAAACCUUGAGGAUUCUUUGCAUUUAUUUACAACUCAAAAUGGAGUUGUAUAUGAGUGCAAAUUAACUUAAAGUACCCCAUAUGUGUUAACAAUUUUUUAUUCCAUUACUUUAUUUCAUAGACUAGUUCCAUGUUAUGAGAAAUGAGUUAUAUCAUGACCUUUGAGUGACUUUGAUAUAUUUCACAUGACCCAGUAUUGUCUUAAAAGUUUUAAUAACUGUCUAGUUUGUAAGCAUUUGAAUGAAGUUCUUUUUAAAAAUUUAAUAGUUGACUCAAGUCCAAUUUUACUCUGGUGUCAGUUUUUAAAUUGUGUUCUUUCUCUGAGACACACUGGGCACCUGGGUGGACCCUGGGCUUCACGGGUGGAGAGCCAGGUUUACUGUCAGUGGCACUGUGCUAUCCUGCAUUUAGCAAGCUUCUCAUGGAGACACAGAGCAGAAGUGUGACAAUAAUGUACAUGUUUCUGCUGUUUCAUUUUUAAGGGAAAUAAACAUGUUCCAAAAGGCCCUAUUAAAUGUUUGAACAAAUUUUGAUUUUUAUGUUGCUCCCAGCUCCAAAUAUGUAAAUACGCUUCUGAGUUGACUUUAAGUACUCUAGUCAGUUGUGAAUGAAAUUGAAAAACAUAUACAAGCCCAUGUAUUUGUGUCUUUUGAGUCCAUAAGAGGCUAACAUAUCACUUUAUCAGAAGAGUGGCACAGUGUCUUCAACAAGCAGGAGCCAGUGCAGUAGUGAGACCUGCUUCCUUAUGCGCACAUCUGGAGGCACCCACGCCUCCCGGCCUUAACCACAGCUGGCUUACACUACAGCUACUGAAAGAGAAAUCUGAUACAAAACACAUGUGAUAUUUGUAGCAACGAGAAAAGCCUUCAGGAUUUGGAGGAGACACCCAGACUGCUUUUCCCUUAAAAGAUGAAAACUUCAAUCUAGAAGUUUUCUAAAUCCCUCCAGUCCUUCCAUUUCUUAUGCCUGAUACACCAGACUUCAUCAGUGCCUCUCUGCAAUAGGCCAACACCUUUCUAUAUUAACUUCUGAGAUGUUCCAUACAUCUGUAAUCUUUUAAGUCUCUUGUAGCAAGGUUAAAUGUUCACAAAUUGGUUCUCCUUGAAAAAAGCAUUGUUGUAAAUUUAGUAAACCGCAAUUCAGAGGCUACAGGAAGUGAUUCAAUAUUUAGUAAUACCUGUUUACAAUACAAAGCAAAGCUAAUUAUGAUUUUAUUUAGAAACAUGUGUUAUCACUCUUUCUUAAGUUGGUUGAGCAAUGAGUUGUGUAGUGUUUAAGCUGGGGUUUAUUGUAGGCAUGUAAAUUAUGUGAAUGUUCUUAGACCCCAUAUCAGCAGAGGGGAGUAGGGCAUUGAGCUGUUAGGAGGUGGGGUGGGGUGUGUGGCGUCAGCAGAAUUAUUUUAGAAUACUGCUCUUCAAUAGAAGUUUGUUCUGGUAAUACUUCUCUAAAAACAAGCUUAUUAGCUAAUGGGUUAUUUGGUGUUUCCAAGAGUUAAACAUCCAAGGACUUGAGCGCUGCUCUGUCCUCACCCAGACUUCAAACAGCCUCUGCUUGCUUUGAUAAUACCAUACCUUGAUUGGACAAUAUUUUGCAUACCAGUAAAGAUUUGUAGGCAGCUCCUAAAGAUUGAUUUGUUUGCAUUAAAAUGUUUACACUUACUCUGAGCUGCAGAGUUUUAAUAUCAGACCCUAUAUGCAAGACCAAAAAUAAUGAGAAACAUUUCUAAAUCUCAAAGAUUUAUAAGUAUAAUACCUCUGGCUGAAAACUUGUUAAACAUCAUCUGUAUUUUUUCUUUAUAUUUUUCUGUAAUUCUGUAGUGAAAUGUGCAUUAUUUACUUGCUACUUCUGGUUAAUGAAACCUAAAAAUAUAUUUGUGGAUAAAAUGUGCUGUGUACUUUUGUUUCUUGCUUGUUUUGUUGCUGGUAUGAUUAUGUCUGUUUUUUACUUAACAGACUUUUGUGCGAUAAUAAUUAUAUUGGGAUAAGUUAUUAUUUUUUGGUGAUUGUUAGAAUUUGUAAUAAUAAUGCCAUUUAGAUUUUAUUGGAAAAUCUACUUGAAAACUGCAGUACAUGCAAUAGCUAUAGUGAUUAUAUAUAUACAUAUAUAUGUAUAUAUAUAUAGUUCUUUGAGACUAUAUAAUAAUAAUUGCUAAAGUUUUUGGAAGUCUCUCAAAAUACACUUAACAUUUUGAGAAUAUACUUUAUAAUUUCCAUAAUGCUGAAGAACUUUAUUUACAAAACAUAAAACUAGAUAAUUUAUAAAUCCUUGUUACUAAGACAUCAGUAAUUAGAAUACAAUUUAGUAUCCUUUACUUUGAUUUUCAGUUAUGCUUUAUCUGAACUGAUAAUAAAUGUCCUUUGGUAUCUUCGUUAAAAACUUUGACAUAUUUAUACAUUUUAUUUGUAUGUGUGCCACUUUAAAGUAUAUGCAAGUUCUAAGCAAUAAUCUGCAUGUUGUACAAGUCCAGCAUACUUUAUUGUGACAUUUUAUUUACAAUUAAUUUUAAGAAUGAAAAAAAUAUUGUAUAACCUUCUCCCCACCAUGAACACUUUAGAAUUUUCUUGUGCUAGAACACUACUAUAUUGUAGUGCAAAGGUUUGUAUUUUGUGAAAAAAAUAAAAUAAAAUCAAUUGAGUGCACAA